UAUAGAUACCGGGCUGGUGUUAAAUAAACACCGGUGUGUUUGCAGUGUAUUGUCAAUAUUACUAUUAUUAUUAUCAUUAAUAUUUUCUUUCGCCAUUUAUACAAAGUGCUUCCGAAGAUUCGGUAAACAAAAAAUCAUUGUUCAAAGAGACUGUCGGGGAGACUGUUCAUGUUCUGCACCAACUGUUAAUUAUGACGAAGCGCCGGUCUGCCAUAUGUCAAGGGCAUCCAGUUUCCUCACUCGCUCACGGAGUAAUUCCAACGGAAGGGGCGGUGUCUAUGUACUAUCCACCGCUCCACCGGGCCGCUGCAUAUGGCUACAUGUACUGCACGUGUACGUGUACAUGCUCACACUACAGCGCUAUAGUACUUCUCUCGAUCCCUCUCGAUCAACGCAGCAUUGUAUGGUAUGGAUACAAACAGUGAAAAUCCCAUUACUUUGGAAUGACAGUCUAUUAUGGAUGUGCUAUUCUUGCUUUUGUCUUGUGUAAUUCUUCCAUUAUGCAGCAAGCCGUUUUCAGCAGGACAAUCUAUUGAGGGAUCGCUGCGACUCGUCGAUGGCCUUACAUCCAACGAGGGGCGUGUAGAAAUCUACAAGAAUGGUGAAUGGGGAACAAUAUGUGACGAUAGUUGGGAUAUAUCGGACGCCAAAGUGGUGUGUCGUCAGUUGGGUUAUCCGGGAGCGGAGUUGGCCUUCACAAGGUCGCUGUUUCACGGAGGAGUCGGCAGGAUCUGGAUGAGGCAGGUACAGUGCAGUGGCACAGAGAAGUUGCUCUCGGAAUGUUCCUUUAAUGAUUAUGACAUAUGUGACCAUUCAGAGGAUGCAGGAGUAAGGUGCCUGGUUGAUGCUGAACCGGCUGAGGGAGACCUGCGAUUGAUGGGAGGCAAUGCAACUAAUCAAGGACGCCUCGAGGUUUUCUACCAUGCCGAAUGGGGCACGGUGUGUGGCAAGAAAUGGGGACUAGCAGAAACCAAAGCAGCCUGCAGACAGCUUGGAUUUAAAGGAGGAGCCUCCUUCAGCACUGGAACUGGAUUUGGAGAUGGAAAUGGCCGAGGUUGGCUGGAUCCUGUCGUGUGCAAAGGCAACGAGAAUCGCCUGGAGGAAUGUUCCCGAAGUGAAUGGGUUUCAUCUCAAUGCAGCAAUGAUAAGAAUAUCGGCGUAGUGUGUCUACAUACAGAAGAUGGAGAUUCGCGCCUCGCGGACGGGAGCAGCCAAGCCCAUGGGCGAGUGGAGGUGUACUACCAGGGUAUCUGGGGCACUGUUUGCAACAGCAGAUGGACCAAGGAUGAAGCUGACGUAGUGUGCAUGGGCUUGGGGUAUGACGAUGCAGCCAGGACCAGCGUCCGCAACGUCCCUGGUGGAAGCGGGAUGAUCCUGCUGGAUGAUGUGAACUGCAUCGGCUUGGAGCGAUCACUGCGAUCUUGCCACUCUCGAGGAUGGGGAGUUCAUGACAACUGCACUCACGAUAAUGACAUCGCUAUUAAAUGCAGAAACAAGGGACCUCUGUCCUGGAUACAAAUAACUGGCAUAGUUCUCGGUUGUCUAAGCGUCCUUGUAGCUGUUUGUAAAUGUUGUCUUAGGUGUCUCUCAGACGAAAGCUCAAACGCCACAACUGUUGUGGGAUCGAGGCCGGAAGGAACAACGCAAGACGGAGAAGAACCUGAUGCCAGUGAACCACUGAAUCAAAAGUCGGAUGUAGAUGGAGUAGAGGUGUCUCCGCCAUCUUACGAUGAUAUUGGACAGUUUCCGACAAAACCAAAAGGAGAUACAUUUGUGUGAAGAUAUUACACAACUGUAGCUUACCAUUGUGAAACCAGGGUCCCUUUCAAACCCGAAAUUAUGAUAACAUUAUCUCCGACAGAAAAAAGCCUCGACAGCUGAUUUAAAAACAGUUUACAGCUUAUAGUAACCUAGACAUACUCUCCGCAUGAUAUCGCACUGCUCCAAACUGGAACAGUCCAUUCGCUAAGGCAGGGCUUGUGCCGAAUUGCAAAAUUUUAAGUUGAUGUAGCAUGACAUCGCCUCCGUGAAACAGGUCCCAGUUGCAAAAUGGGUUUCAUUAGCACAUGUUUUCGCUUAGCAGGCAGACCUUAAUUUGGAUGAUAGAGUAUUACUGAUGAAGAAAUGAUAAGGACAUUGGUCACUACAACAGUUUUCGAACUGUCAAGGCAGCCGCUUGUGGGACAAAUGAAUUUGGAGUGCGUCGCUGAUUUUACACGACACUCAGAAAGCCAGUUGUUACUACUCUAGCUUUUCCACUUUGCUACGAACAGCGUAUUCUACACACCCCUCCCGAGUUUGUGAUUACAGUCUGUCCUCUUGUAGGUGAACGACUGUGAUCUAAGAACCUUGUUCAACAUUGAACAACAUGCCGUCUCAGACCAAGAACUCAUCAAUGGGAAGACUCUUACCCUGUUUAGAGCUUGCCGGAAAAUAUAUAUAUUUAUUUUUUUUGUUCCAAGAAGUAGACACUCUUAAAUUCCAAUAAUAAUAAGUUAUGAGUUAUUUAGACUGAGAGAUAGCAUUGUCAUAUCCGAAUUGAAUAACUUCUUCCGUUUGAUGAUACACAGCGGCUGACAUUUUUUUUUACUGGGAUGAAUAAAAACAAUGACAAGAAACACAAUACCGUAUAUUUGUUUUAAUGUUGAAUUUAUAGGGCAUAGUAGGAAAUUGCUUGAGUAGAGAAAUUCAGACAGUCACAGCACUGACAUUUCCGUCAAUAUUCGAUAUAAAACGAAAGAGUUUUGGCAAUGCCAUUUGGGUUAUUUUCACAAGACAUUCAAAUUCACAUCCUGGUUAGUAUUCAAAGGAGGGAGUCGAUUAUGUCUCUCACACUCAUUACUUCUCUUGCAUUUUUUGUGAGGCAUACGAAAUAUUUCAAUUUUCAUAGAUUUGAUGAUAAAAAAGACCUCCAUCAAAAUGAACAUGCAUUUUCCAUGAGGAAUCAAACAAGAAUUUACAUUAUUGGAAGAUAAGAUUUCGUAUCAUUAUUUGCGAAAGAAAUCGUGAAUUACGUUACUUUUCUUUUUCUUAUUUGCACAUCGCCAUUGACGUGUAUAUCUUUAUCACUGUUUUCCUUAAAAUAAGCACUUUAAAUUGUCAUAAC